AUGGCAAUCUACCACAUCGUCCUCUUCAAGCUGAAACCCAACACCCCACCGGCCCGCCUACAGGAAUGGAUCGCAGCCGCGCAAGGCAUGGUAGGCCAGAUCCCCGGCCUGCAGCGCAUCGACCUCAACCCUCCGGACCCGAGCUCGGCGUCGCGCGCACAGGGGUUUGAUAUGGGCUUGGUCGCCGUGUUGGAUAAGCCCGAGACGAUUGGCGUUUAUGCGGCGCAUCCGGCGCAUUUGGCGUAA